UCCCCCGUGUAAGAGUGAGGUGGAGGAGGACAUUCCAGUCCAUGUGACCACAGAAAAUCCCAGUAAGAACUCUGAGGAAAACUUCAUGUGGUUGCUAGAUAAAACAGAAGAUGAAGAUAUCGGUCAGCGCUUUUCAGGAGAGAAAAUCAUUACCUAUAAUGUACACCCAGGACUUCACAGUGCAGGUCUAUUAUCUAAUCCCACUAAUCAUGAAGAACCUUCUCCUGACCAAUCACAGAUUGCUGCCACGAGUACCCAGCAGAAAGGAGGUAAAAGGGAAUCUGGAAAACAGAAUACAAAAAGCUCAAAUCUAUAUUCACACAGAAGAAUUCACACAGUUGAGAAGCCAAAUUCCUGUUCAAAAUGUGGGAAAUGUUUUAUGUAUAAAUCACAGCUUGUGAAGCAUGAGAGAAUUCACACUGGAGAGAAGCCGUAUUCGUGUUCAGAAUGUGGGAAGUGUUUUACUACUAAAGACAAACUAAAGGUUCAUCAGAGAAGUCAUACAGGAGAGAAACCAUUUACAUGUUCAGAAUGUGGGAAAUGUUUUACAGAGAAAUCAGGUCUUGUCAGACAUGAGCGAUAUCACACAGGAGAGAAGCCGUUCUCAUGUUCUGAAUGUGGAAAGCGAUUUACACAAAACUCAGGUCUUUUUAGCCACAGAAGAAUUCACACAGGAGAAAAGCCAUAUUCCUGUUCAGAAUGUGGAAAAUGUUUUAUGUAUAAAUCACGUCUUGUUGUACAUCAAAGAAUUCACACAGGAGAGAAGCUGUAUUCAUGUUCAGAAUGUGGGCGAUUUUUUGCAAAGAAAUCAUAUCUUGUUAAACAUGAGAGGAUUCACUUAGGAGAGAAGCCGUAUUCAUAUUUAGAACGUGGAAAAUGGUUUACUACUGAAGAUAAACUCGAGGAACAUAAGAAAAUUCAAGCAGGAGAAAAGCCAGUUACAUGUACAGAAUGUGGGAAAUGUUUUGCUUCUAAAGCCACCCUCAGGAUUCAUCAGAGAAUUCACACAGGAGAGUAUCCAUAUUCAUGUUCACUAUGUGGGAAAUGUUUUCUAGGUAAAUCAUAUCUUGUUAAACAUGAGAGAAUCCACACAGGGGAAAAGCCUUAUUCAUGCGCAGAAUGUGGGAAACGUUUUACUGAUAAAUCACAUCUUGGUAGACAUAAAAGAAUUCACACAGGAGAGAAGCCGUACUCAUGUUCAGAAUGUGGGAAAUGUUUUAUUUCAAAAGACAACUUAAAGGUUCAUCAGAGAAUUCACACAGGAGAGAAACCAUUUACAUGUUCAGAUUGUGGUAAAUGUUUUACAGAUAAAUCAUGUCUUCUUACACAUGAAAGAAUUCACACAGGAGAGAAGCCAUUUAAAUGUUCAGAAUGUGGAAAAUGUUAUACACAAAAGUCAGAUCUCAUUAAACAUGAGAGAAACCACACAGGGGAAAAGCCAUAUUCCUGUUCAGAUUGUGGGAAAUGUUUUAUUUCUAAAGACAACCUCAACCGUCAUCAGAGAAUUCACACAGGAGAGAAGCCGUAUUCAUGUUCAGAAUGUGAGAAAUGUUUUACACAAAAGUCAAGUCUCAUUGCACAUGAGAAACUUCACACAGGAGAGAAACCAUUUUGAUUUGCUAUAUGUGAAAAUGCUUUACAAAUAAUUCAAAUUUUAAAACUCUUUUAGAGAAUUCACACAGAGAAGAAACCAUGUUCUUGUUUGUAUUACGGGAAGUGUUAUAAGAGCAGACAAGGUACUUUAAAUAUACUUUAGGGUGGCUAGGUGUACCAAACACAGGGUUUUCAGCCUGCCUCUUCUUUAUCUACCCCAGCCAUACAUGGGCCCUACCAUAUUCUGUAUAAGUCCUUGCCUAUCUGACUAGCUACCUGCACUGAUUGAUGGAGCGCUGUUCUAAUAUCUCUUCCUUUCACUCAGGAACUAACAGAGAAGUGCAGGGAAGAAAAAAUUAAAGUUUACAGCAAUUCAUACUGGCAGCAAGUGAAAUAGGCAGAGAGAGGUCAGAAAUAUAGUAGGGCAAAUUAAAGGAAGCAGGGGCUGAGGUAGAGAGAUAAGAGGCAGGCUGAGAAGGCUCUGUAUGUUACACACAGCUGUCCUCAGACUAUAGUAUAUGGUAAAGGUAGACUUUCCUUAGUAAUGCGUGCUGCAAAGGAGACACCAUUUCGUAUUUACAGUUUUAGUCGCACUGCGUUUACACUUUAGCCAUGUUAUUACUACAGCAUGUGAAACCAUACUAACAUAGUGAUGAAUGUACUUAUGACAUUUCCGUCUGUGGAAUAAAGUUGUGUGAAUUGUUC